AUCAUUAUCCUCGUCGCAUCGUAUUAAAGCCUUCCGCGCUGCAGCCCGGAAAGCGUUCUCCGGUCCGCCUUCGAUACGCCGCCCUUCCCGGCGUUCUGCUCCUCGUCUCCUCCCGCCUCGCGAUGGUGAUUGCUGGCGACUCGUGGCCAUUGCCAAAGCCCGCUGCCGCUGCGUCAACGGUAAGCGGAAAGUCACCGCCGGCGUCUGCCUCGGGGAGUGCAGCAAUGAAGCCGCCAGUCCCCCCUGCCCCGAAGCUUGUUCCCUCUGUCGCUGGUGUCUCUGCGAGUCCGACUCCGGCCCUUGCGUCGAGCAACUCUACGGCAUCCCCACUACUUGCUCCACCUGCCCCUGUUGCCGAGCCGGGUCUUCCUGCUCCUGUCGUGAAUCCUGCGAGCCCCGUACCUGGUCCGCCGGCUGUCCCUGAGGCGACUGGUGUUGAUCCACCUGUUCCCGUCCCUGCCGCACCUGAUGCACCGCCUGCUGCUGUCCCUGCCGUAUCGGCGCCUGCCGCUGCUUUAUCACCGCAGGCGGUGUCCGCCACCACUGGCGUCCCGGCUCCCUUGGUCGUGCCCCUGGCGCCUGGUGUGAUGCCGACGGCCCCGGCGGGUCAACCAUCGCGCACCCCCUCGCCUGACCGCCGCCUGUCUCGCCCCCAUUCACCUGCGCUCCACAAGGAGCGUGAGUCGUCACGGUGCCGGCGUGAUUCUUCUCGGCGCUACCACCAGCAGUCUCAGUGGCCUGCUCACCAUGGUGGCCAUGGGGGCUGGAGGGGUCCCCGCAAGCGUGGUGGUGGCGGGGCAUACCGCCCGCCUGUGACCAUGGCGGAUCUUCAGCGGGAGGUGUCGAGGGCAGUGCGCGAGGAGAGGGCGGCGCAGAGCCAGAGUAGUUCGCUGCGGGCCGCGCCGGCGAAUGUGGCUCCUCGUCCUGCUGUCCCUACCGUGGACCUUCCGCCUGCAUCUGCACGUCCUUCACCUGUCCUUGCCCUGUCUGCUCCUGCUCCUGCUGCCUCGGCUGCUGAUUCUGGGUCUCGUCUUCGCCUGCCGCCCGUUCCGCCGGUGGCGGGUGUCGAGUUCGUUCCUGCUGGUGGAGGGGCGGCAGGGGCGCAGUACACUCCUUUUCCUGCUGCCGAUGAGCCGCUUCAAUUCUUGGCGGUGGCACUUCAACCCCCGCAGACCCGUGUUCCUGAGGCGACGCUCAGCCAGCUGCACCGUCUUGCGGAGAGCCUUCACGCGCUGCUGCUGAUUCAGGUGCUGGCUCACUCGUCCCUCCCUGCGAUUCCUGCUGACUCGUUUCAUGACCGGCCGCGCGAGACUUGCCUGGACGCGGCGGACCAGCUCACGCAGCUGCUGGCGUCCGCGUUGGCUGCACCCGCAGAGGGUGGUGCUGCGGCUGUGGGACAGCUUGACGAGGCUGUCCGGGGUUUGAGGCGACACUUGCGCGCAGGAUCUGGAGCCGCGGCGAUCGGCGCAAGUACGCUGGUGGUCCGUGAGCUGUGGCGGACGUUGACGAGCAUUCUCCAUGCCCUCGGAGCUCACCGGAUGUAG